GUGAGAAUAGGAAGGAGGACAAGCAGAGAAGAAGAAGAAAGAGGAAGAGAUGGGAAGUAGACUGGGAAGAAGAGUAGUUCACUUUGCUAACCUCCCCAUUAAACUUCUCAUGCCCUCUUCCUUCUCCAACAUCUCCGAAAUUGCCCUCAAAACCAUCCCCUCGGCUUCAAAGAUUGAAAUCAAGAGGGUAUUGGAAUCACUGUAUGGUUUCGAAGUGGAAAAAGUCCGAACCUUAAACAUGGACGGCAAGAAGAAGAAGAGAGGCGGACUAUUGAUUGCGAAACCGGACUACAAGAAGGCCUACGUCACUCUCAAGAACCCUCUUUCAAUUUCGCCUGACCUAUACCCUAUCCGAUUAAUCGAGGAAGACAAACAGAACAUGAAAAAGCAAGCAAAAUCGAGCAUUGUUGAAGACGGAGAAGCUAAGAAGUCACAUUGGCUCCAGGAUAAGGAUGGUGGAAAGUUUAAGGCUGAGACCACUUCCACUGGUGGAUAUCGUGGUGGCGCUAGGUUUCCGUGGACCAGCAUGCGAUCUUCGUCUUCUAGGUAGUUUGGAUUUUGCCGAAAUAUGAGAAAUUAAAUACUUUUUUUUUUUUUUAAAGUGGUGUUGCUUACAUUGGUUUCUACGUGUUUGAUGAUCGGUUUCAGUGAGUUGAUGAUGUUGAGACUUGAGAUGAUGUUAGAUAAUUUUCAAAAAUGUUACUGGUUACUUGCGGUCAUGAGUAUGACAAUUUGUUAGGUACUUUUUGUUUCAUGGCUUAGUAGUUAUGAUCUAUUGGGGUUACUUAUUAUAGCAAUUGAAUUCUAGUUGGUUGGGACACCGUGCGAUUAUUGGAUAGGUAAUGAUUUUUUCAUG